AGGCGGUUAGCAAGAACUUAAUUGAGUGGUUAUUGGACCGGUCGAACCGGUCUAGGGCCGCUGGAUUUAUUUAAUUUUUUUUAUUAAACCGGAUGCUGACGUCAGCAAAUCCGCGUAUGACUAUAAAUAUCCCCGGACGGAACGUAAACUUCAUUUUCUGUUACGAUCUCACGAGAGAAACAGAGAGAGAAGAGAACGCGCGGGAAAAAAGCGAUUUCGAAAUGCAGAAGUUAGGGUUCCCAGCGAUGAAGAGCUUGGAUCAGAUGCGAUCUUCGAUGGCGGCUGGAUCGGGGAGGAAUCUCACCUUCUCCUCGCGUCAACAACCUCACGAUUCCGUCUCUUCCGGAAACUUCUCGAAUCUCAAAUCUACGGCAGAAAAACUGGUGAAGGAACAGGCAUCGAUGAAAUCAGAUCUCGAAUUGGCGAACUCUAAGCUGAGAAAGUCGAUGGAUCAUAUACUCGCUUUAGAGGAGAAACUGCAGAACGCUUUCAACGAGAAUGCUAAGCUCAGGGUGAUGCAAAAGGAGGAUGAAAAGCUUUGGAGGGGGAUGGAGUCCAAAUUCUCCUCAACGAAGACUCUCUGUGAUCAACUUACUGAGACUCUGCAACACUUGGCUUCCCAGGUUCAAGAAGCUGAGAAGGAUAAAGAGCUCUUUGAGUCCAAGUUCUCUAGUAGUGCGGAAGUAAUAGACUCUUUAAAGGAGAAUUUGCAAGACCUGUCUUCAAGACUGGGUGCUUCUGAAGAAAACAUCAAAAGACGGGAGAAGGAAUUAGAGGAUCUCAAACUCGAGAAAGAACAGACAGAGAACUCUUAUCUGAAUGAACAGUGUAGAACCGCCAGUCUCUUAAAGGAGAAAGAUGCUACGAUAAUGAACUCCGAAGCAGCUAUAGCUGAAGCAAAACUCAACAUUGAAAAUUUAAACCUCCAACUUGAGAAGGUGCGUGUUGAAUUAACAUCAAAGGAAGAUGAGGCCAAAUACCUUGUUGGAGUCAAGGAGAAGCUUGAACGAGACAAGAUGGAUAUUCAGCUGAUUGCUGAUAAUCUAUCUGCGAAACUGAUUACCUCAGACGAGGAAGUCAAGAAGCUCGAGGGAUUUGUACACUCUUUGGCAACAGAUUUGGCUGAAUUGGACAAGAAGAACUUGACCUUCAUGGAGAACUUUGAUAAGCUAAAUGGUUUAUAUGGCACUCACCUGAUGUUGCUCCAAAAGGAUAGAGAUAUUGCUUCUGAUCGUGCUGGAAGAUUGUAUAAUCAACUCCAAGGAGAGUUCUCGACUGUAACCCUCCAAAAAGAAGCUCUGCAGUCAUCAGCCAACGAGUUAUAUGAACAAAAAGAGGAACUGAAGAAAGCUAAGGAGUCAUUGGUUUCUCAACUAGCCGAGGAACGCUGCUCCGCAAAGCAGGCAAUUGAAAAACUAGAGUCUGAAGCAAAAUGUCUAGUUUCAACAAAUACUGAAACAGAAGCAGUUCUAACGGAGCUGAAAGAGGAAAUAGAAGCUUUGUUGGAGAAACUCAAGGCCUCUGAGAAUAAAACGGAAGAAUUGUUGUUAAAGCUUUCAACAUCGGAGACUGAAAGCAAAGAGAACUAUGAGAAGCUGCAGGCUGAUGCACAGAGAAAGGCUGAAGAAAUGGAGAUUUUGCAGAAGGAGAGCGAUAGCAACCUGUUGCGUCUCGAUUCAUUGUCAAAAGAAGUGAGCCAGCUCCAAAGCGUUAUUGAAGAGAAAGAGCUUCUUAUCAAUCAAUGCAAGGAAAACGAGAAGAAGCUGGAUCAGAAAACAACAGAGGACAAGGAGCUACUAGCAGCUGCUGAAACCAAGCUUCUAGACGCGAAGAAGCAAUAUGAUCUGAUGCUGGAAAAUAAACAGUUGGAAUUAUCUAGGCACUUGAAGGAGUUGUCACAGAGGAAUGACCAGGCGAUUAAUGAAAUCCGGAGGAAAUAUGAUGAGGAGAAGCAGGAGAUUAUUAAAGCUGAAAAGGAAAAGGCUGAGAAGGUUAUCAAAGAGUUAUCCACUAAAUAUGAUAAAGAAGUUUCUGACUGUAAAGCCGAAUCAAAGCACCAAUUGCUGACCAUUCAGGAGGAUCAUGCUUCUCUGAUACUCACUAUCCGGGAGGAACAUGAGAACAGGGAGUUCAAUCUCAAAGCUAAGCACGAUGAGGAACUGAGACAAGCUCAGAUUCAGGCCGAAACAGAAUUGAAAGAGAGGAUAACAACAAUCAGGAACGAGCAUGAUGUUCAACUGAAAGCAUUUAAGUGUCAGUACGAAGAUGAUUGCAAGAAGCUGCAAGACGAAUUAGACCUUCAGAGAUCAAAAGAAGAGAGGCAAAGAGCUUUGUUGCAAAUGCAGUGGAGGGUUAUGAGUGACAAAGCUCCAGAAGAGCAAGAAGUGAGCUCUAGGAAGGAAUACUCUGUCUCAUCUGUGAAAGUGAGAGGUUCUCGUCCUCCUGCUAGCAGGAGAAGCCAGCAUACCGCAGUGAUGCUUGAUGAAGAUGAACAGGAUUCUCCUUUUGUGAAGGAAGCAGAAACAACUGUGCCGAAGAUGCUAAAGAAAGUUGAAAAUGCAAAUGCAAGAAGCAUAAUGAGCAGUCAAAAGCAACAUAGCAAGGUGAAUCGUAGUGAAUAUGAAGCUGAAGCGAAGGACUCGAGGACCACUAAGCGAAGGAAAACAAAAGGCACAGUCGUGUUUGAGGAGCCACAGAGGCGAUUGACUCGGUUUACUUCACCCAAAACUAAGACCCCAAGAAGCAUCGCUAAGGUGACAGCCAUAAGUAGCCAUCCACCAAGAUCAGCAAACAUUGGAGAUCUGUUUUCAGAAGGCUCACUCAACCCCUACGCUGAUGAUCCAUAUGCAUUUGACUGAGUUGAAUCUCUUAAGCAAACAAAGCUCUCGCCUCCCUCCCUCUUAAGCUCUUCUCUUGCUACAGUAUUACUACGAAGAAGAUAAAUAAGUGUUGAUCCUCUCACUCAUUGUACAGACAAACGUGUGUUACCUAUUUUGGAUCAACUUUCUCAUUUGUUAAUUGGGGGUUGGGUGUGUGUAAGAUUGUUGAAGAACUUGUUUGUUACCGAAAUACAAAAAUAAAAACCAUAUCAUUGAUA